AACGGUCGGCCACGGUCACACUGCGAUACAGCACACUGCCGCAGUAGCAAAAAAGCAGUAAAUGCAAACAUGAUUUUAUAACGCACACCCAUCCACACUGGACAUAUUUAAUCUGAACUAUCGACCCGCCCAAGGCACACGACCUCCCACAAAGAUAACCGGUAGCUAGAUGAGCAGCAUGGCCAAGGCGAACGGAUGGAAUGGCUGCGGAACGAGCGUGCAGGUGAACGGAAGCGGGAGUGGGAGCGGGAGCAACGCCUCCAUACGCUCCUCCUCCAAGUACUCGCGCAGCACGGAGCUGCGACGCGUCGAGGACAACGACAUCUACCGGCUGGCCAAGAUCCUGGACGAGAACGCCUGCUGGCGCAAGCUCAUGUCGAUCAUUCCGAAGGGCAUGGAUGUGCAGGCCUGCAGCGUCGAAGGAGGCCUGAACUUCCCGGUGGCCGUGAAGAAGGGACUGAAGUACACGACCCAGGACGUGCUCCAGAUCGACGAGGCGGCGAACAGGCUGCCGCCCGACCAGAGCAAGUCCCAGAUGAUGAUCGACGAGUGGAAGACCUCGGGCAAGCUUAACGAGCGUCCCACGGUGGGAGUGCUGCUCCAACUGCUGGUGCAGGCGGAGCUGUUCAGCGCCGCGGACUUUGUGGCCCUGGACUUCCUAAAUGAAUCCACUCCUGGUCGCCCGGUAGACGGCCCCGCAGCUCCCAUUAGCCUGGAGCUGCUGGACGAGGACAUGGACGUGGACAACGAGGGCCUGAGUCCCAGCCACCAGCCGAGCACUGCCACCCUUGAGGCGGUGGCUGCCCAGGGCAGCGUUGGCCUGAACCUGGACAUCUUCGACAAGCACAUGGUGGCGCGGGACAAGAGUGUGCCGCAGCCGUCUGGGGAUGCCCCUCCCGUACCUCCACCUCGACGCCUGCAAAGAACCACUGCGAGCUCCAGCUCCGUCGCCUCCUCGGCCACCACCCUAAACAUACCCAAUCUGACAUUUCUCAAUCCCAGCGAACAAAUACCGGAGCAGCUGCUGCAGUCGCGUCCGCAAAACAUCCCCAAUCAGUCCCUACUCAUCGGCAGCUCUGGUGAUCUAACGACGACGGCCUCGACUUUGUUGUCGAACCCAAGCAACUGUGCUGGCUCCACCGAACCGUUAAACUUACCGCGAAUUACGCUUCUAAUUGAUAACUCUGCAGAGAUAGGCCCUCGCGCCACUCACGGUGCGGUGAAAGUUGCGAAGCCUCCAACGCCCCCGGUGAACUUUAAUAACUUGCCCAUGAUAAGCGCUUUGAACAUUAGCAAUGACAAUGGGGAGACCUCGCGCCCGGACAGUAGCAGCAGCACAAGCAGCUUGAGCAACGAUGAUGAGGACGACGACGACGACGACGAUGAUGCGGAGGGGGACGGAGAGUUCGCGGAUACCUCCCUGCCAAACCUGAGCAACUCCGAGCAGCAGAACUCCAACAACGACUCCAGCCUGACAACGGUCACUGGCACCAGCGGAGACAACAGCUUCGAGCUGACCAACGACUCCAGCUCGACCUCUAACGACGAUUUCGCCAGAAACAUUCCGAACUUGAGUGAGCUGCACCAGCUGUAGGGAGCGACGCCCGUCUCCGGAGACGAUUACCACAAGCCAGACAUUCCGUUACCCACUUUAGCUUAAGUUAUCUUUGUACAACCCGCGUGUAUUUAUAUGUUUGCCGAUAUCGGCGUCAGGAUGUGGACCUACUUUAAUUCUGCAUACUGUGUAAGGUCCAACUAGAAUCUAAGAUUCAGGGCAAGCUUUCGACAUACUAUUGUUUCGUUUUCCAUAUCACAACUACUGACAGUCCAUGACAAGUGCGGCAAUAUCAAAUAUUUCCGUUUCGAGAAAGCCAUAUGUAUGUAACCAAAUAACCGAUUCUAACCCAUUUUGUAUGUCUUACAAAAUACUCCUUAAUUUUCUAGUAUAAAUAUACUUAAAAAAAAACA